UAACAGAUUACAGCCCCCCUCCUCCCAAACAUGCUCCGCUUUUACUCCUCAUCUUCCCCGCUCCUCCUUCUAGAUCACAAAACCUCUCCUUCAGGCACAACGCGGGGUUGCUGCUCAUCUUUUAUAGCUCCUAAAGGACCUGGUUUUACCCGUUGGAUGGACAAAAUGAGAAAGACUAAACUAAAAUUCAAAGUUUUGUGGUAAACAGCCGGCAGCUAAAGAAGAUGGACCUGCUGGUGAUUCCCUGUCUCCUUCUGUUCGUAAGUUUUCAUCCAUCUGCAGCCACCAGUCUCAUUACAGCAGACUUAUUUGAAGCCAGAGGCCAACGCGUGUGCAGGGCAGGGAAAGGGAAGCCCUGCUACAAGCUGGCCUAUUUCUCCGAGCUCCGUCGGAAGCUGAACUUCGCCGAGGCCGAGCUGGCCUGCAGGCGAGACGGGGGUCACCUGCUGAGCAUCAGGUCUGCGUCCGAGCAGAAGGUCAUAGAGCAGCUCAUCACCGAGCUCCGCCCCACAGACGGAGACUUCUGGAUAGGGCUGCGGCGCAACCACGAACAUGAGGACAGCAACUCGGACUGCUCUUCUCAGUACUACUGGCUGGACGGCAGCAAGUCCACGUUUAGGAACUGGCAUAUGGACGAGCCAUCAUGUGGCUACGAAGUGUGUGUUGUAAUGUACCAUCAACCAUCUGCCCCCGCUGGACAGGGAGGUCUCUACAUGUUUCAAUGGAACGACGACAACUGUGAAACCAAGAACAAUUUCAUCUGCAAAUACGCUGCAGAGAAACAGUUGGACCCAACCUCACCUCCCAACUCCACUCAAACAGACGUCUUCUUUCCAUCUGUGCUUCCGUGGGAUCCGAGGGACCACAACCAGAACAAAAGAGCAGCCGUGAAUUUGGUUUACGUCAUCAUUCCCACUAUCCCACUCAUACUGCUGCUGCUGACAGUGCUGGGAGUCUGCUGCUUCAAACUGCUGCUCCAACGGAGGAGGAAAGAACACAAAUCAGAAGUAUGUCAAACAGAACCUGGGCUCGGUCCCAGUCCAUCGACCGACGUCUACAACGUCAUCCACUCCCAGAAGGACGACGACCUGGUUUCAGCUCGCCCUCAAACCAAAAACACCUCUUUCCUGUGCUCCUCCCCGGACACAGACACCCCGACAGGUGACUARGACAACCUGGGCGCUCGGGACACAGAGAGCGGCUUUGCGACGCUGGCGAGCACGGAGAGCGGCUUCCUCAACUGUGACCUCAACGAGCUCAGCCUCGGGCGCCGGGGCACCCGGGACUUCUACGACAGCAGCCUGGGCCGCUCGGGGAAGAGAGAGCUGAACGACAGCAGCCUGGGCCGCAGCAGGAACAGGGAGUUUUAUGACAGGAGUCUGGGUCGCCGCACCACCAAAAGUGAGCAUUACAGCGGAAGCGUGUACGCAGACCACCAUCUGUACGACAGCAGCAUCCGGGCGGGGCCUGACCUCUACGACACCACACUCAAACCCGUAGGUCAAACAGAAAAGGUCAACCUCUAUCAGACGUACGCCACCAACGGUAAGCACGACACGUUUCAAUCCACACUGGGAACUUACGCAAACAGGAAGUCCUUCCACACAAACCUGGACUACUACAGGAACGGCCUGAACCUCGACGGUGGAAGGAGGUACUUCAAUGAGCAGGACUGGAUAAACAGAGAAAACUACUGAUGCCACUGAUUCUGCAUGCGUGUGUUAAAAAUAAGAGAUUUAGGAUUAUUAUUAUUAUAUUUUUGCUUAGCUAGCUCGUACCUUCUUAGCAGUUUGAGUUUGAAUUUUGAACUGUGGUGUUUUAAGACAAUGUUUACAAACCCCAAACUAAAGAACCAUCAUAAUUACCUAUAAGUAGCUGUGGCCAUGGUUCCGCCAAUCAGCUAACAGCUGAACUAUUUUUAGCCACUGCUAAUUUUAACUUUUUUAGGGUUACCGUUGUUUUAUUUUAUAUUUACGUUUAGCAAUUUAGCAUCGACAAAGUUAUAUUUUUGGUUAGCGAAUGAGUCAGCAAAGCUAACUUAGCUGUGCCCACCACGGACAUUUCUGUUUGUUUAAAUAAAUCAUUGUUUGAUUUGCUUAACAGAAGUCAAAUYUUUUGAAGUGAGGUUCUGUGGAAAAUAUUUUUGAAUAGUUAAUAUCUUACCUGUUGUAGAUAGCUUUUUGAACGACCUCAGCUUGGGGAAAUUGAAUUUAUUUCUGAUUAAAUUGAUGAGCUGCCUUUGAGGAGGACAAGACAAAAGUAGUUAGUCCACAUCUUAAAAUGAAUCAAAUUAUAAAAAAAAAAUAAAUCAUGUUGGUUUAUGUAAGUGCUAUUUUAUUAACCUUUAAAUUAUUGUAUGUUUAUUAGGACCAUUAUUCCAAAAAUAUAUAUAUUAUUACUGCACCAGAAAUGCUAAAAUUAGCUGCUGCCAAUUUAGAAAUUAAAUAACAAAAUCAAUUGCAUCCAAAAUUAAAUGAUCUCUCCAAACUGUCGCUCAAAAAACUAUCCAUAACAGGUAAAAUACUGUUUAUAACUUUUCACAGAAACCCGCUUCAAAGAUCUGAACUAUCCCUUUAGAAUUUGGGAUGUGACUCAGUAAAACCUUCAACCAUGUAUAGAGUCAGUGAAUCAUAACUUAGUUGACAACAUAAUAUAUACAUAUUUAUAAUUUAAACAAUAAAACAGUGUUUUAAAAACAACAAUAUUCAGGUUAUUCUAAAUGAUUCAGGUCAAAUGUUUUUACUUUAACUCCUCUCUAAUGACAGUUUAUGGAUUUUUGAGCACUGAGUUUAGACUUUUUAUUACAUUGCUGGUUGAGGCGGUGAUAUUAAAUAUUAAUGUUUAAAACUGGGCAAAUGAAAUCACUGGAAUAUAUUCAUGGUGGAACCAGACAAGCACUAUCAGGGACUACUUAAAACCCUCCAACAGACGUCAGGGUCAUUUAGGAUUAAAAUAAGAUGAAUAGAAUCUGAGGUGAAGUCAGACUGCAGUGAACCGGUUUGUGGCGUAGUCUGCUGCUCUUUUUAUCUGGAUGUUGGCUGCACAACUUCAUACCAACAUCACAKAAAUUUGUGUCGACUGUAGCUUUGGCAUCGUUUCAGUGCAUGAAAUAAGAAGCAUUAGCUGCAUGACUUUUAAUCUUCUUUAUAUUGGAUCUUUUUUCUAAAUAUUUGGACAGUAUGAUCAUAGAAAUCUAAACUGUUGUUUUGUUUACACAAUGAUCCUCCAUAUGAGAGGGCCUUCAGAUAUAAAGAUCUCUCAGGACCUGUAUAUCCCACCAUGACUUGGKCUUUUCUGGGCUGCUUUGGAAAAAGACACAACCAAGAUAUGAAUCUGACACAUCUGCAGCUUCAAAAGCUAAAACACAGAAGUGUGUGUGUUGUUUGCAUGGUCAUGCUGUGCUGCUCAGAUCAGUUUUUUUAGUUAGCAAUCAUUAAAAUGUAUUUUUAAUCACACCCUAAUCUCAGAAUAAACUAAAUAAACUUGGUAUUUUUUUAAAAAGUACAUUUCAAACCUGCCUUAAACUGAAACUUGUGUCAAACGUGAUUAACUUCUGAUAUUUUUUCGCAGAUUUUCAGUCUUCUAAGGAAGAUAUUCAAACAAAAAUCCAUAAAAACUAGUGUGGCUCGUGUAGUAUUCUCGUCUCCAGUGCCUGCAGCCUCACCACAGAUCUCGGCAUGGGUUUGAAGGGAAUGCCAAGUUAUUUACUCUGAAUGUACAAUGCUAUGAUGUGAGAUUUGUUUGUAUGUUUGUUACGAAUUCAAAUAAAACGAGAUAAAAAUUAAAGCCGGAGUGUUUUUCUUUUUAAGAAAAAAGAAAACAGCAGUGUUAUUAUGGCAGUCAAUCAUGUUUUUAUUCACAUUUCAAGUUAAAUUAGUCACUUUCUUUCUCAUUCACCCCUCAUUCAUGCCUGGACCUUACAGGACCCCUUUGAUCAAAUUAAAGGAAUUCCUCCAUUUAGGCCUAGAUUUAAAGUACGACAUAAAAAGAAAACACUUGGAUUUGUGAGUGUCUGCCUUUUAAAGGUUAAAUUAGAGUAAACUCCUGUAGUGGGCCUUUUUAAGACAUCAUUUACACAAAAA